AUGAAGUGGCUGCUGCUGCUCAGCUUGGUGGCGCUCUCUGAGUGCCUUAUCUACAAGGUUCCGCUUGUCAGAAAGAAGUCCUGGAGGAAGAAGCUGGUUGAGCAUGGCCUGCUGGAGGAGUUCCUGAAGACGCAUCCCCGCAACCUAGCCAGCAAGUACCUCCCCAAGGAGGAUGCCACCUUGGCAUACACCCAGUCCCUGGAGAACUACUUGGAUGAGGAGUACUUUGGCACCAUCGGCAUCGGAACCCCCGCUCAGGAUUUCACCGUCAUCUUUGACACCGGCUCCUCCAACCUGUGGGUGCCCUCCACCUACUGCCACAGUCUUGCCUGCUAUGACCACAAGCGUUUCGACCCUGAGAAGUCCUCCACCUACGAGGCCACCAGCGAGACUAUCUCCAUCACCUAUGGCACCGGCAGCAUGACAGGCAUCCUCGGAUACGACACGGUCAAGGUUGGAGGCAUUGAGGACACCAACCAGAUCUUCGGCCUGAGCGAGAAAGAGCCCAGCGUUUUCCUGAUCUUGGCUCCCUUCGAUGGCAUCCUGGGUCUGGCCUACCCCAGCAUCUCCGCCUCUGAUGCCACACCUGUCUUUGACAACAUAUGGGACCAAGGGCUGAUUUCUGAAGACCUCUUCUCCGUCUACUUGAGCUCCGAUGACGAGAGCGGCAGCGUGGUGAUACUUGGUGGCAUCGAUUCUUCUUACUACACUGGAAGCCUGCACUGGGUGCCUGUUUCUGUGGAGGGUUACUGGCAGAUCACCGUGGACAGCAUCAGCAUGAAUGGAGAGACCAUCGCUUGCAGCGGUGGCUGCCAGGCUGUUGUUGACACUGGCACCUCUCUGCUGGCUGGCCCAACCUCUGCCAUUGACAAUAUCCAGAGCGACAUUGGAGCCAAAGUGGACUUACUUGGCGAGGGGGUGAUCAGCUGCUCAGCCAUCGACAGCCUGCCCGACAUCGUCUUCACCAUCAAUGGCGUCGAGUUCCCUCUGCCUGCCAGUGCCUACAUCCUGGAGGAGGAUGAGAGCUGCAUCAGCGGCUUUGAGGGCGUGGACCUCGACACCAGCUCUGGAGAGCUCUGGAUCCUGGGUGACGUCUUCAUCCGCCGGUACUACACCGUCUUCGACAGAGCCAACAACCGCGUCGGCCUGGCUUCCGUGGCCUAA